CAUUCCAACCAUACCUUCAUACAACUCUCUCUCUCUCUCUCUCUCUCUUUUUCAAAUUUGCCUUGCAAAUGGGUUCACUAGGAAAUUCGGAAACUACCACUCUGAGCUCGAGGAUUUCAACAGUGGUUCCUGCAACUCCUCGAGGCGAAGAAAAAGGAGAGUAUCAACUCAACUACAUGGACUUGCUCAUGAAGCUCCAUUAUAUCCGACCCGUUUAUUUCUUCAAUUCAGAAGCUGUGCAAGGGCUCUCAAUCUUCGAUUUGAAGAAACCCAUGUUCCCACUGCUCGACCCGUACUCCCACGUAUCGGGUCGGAUAAGGAGAUCCGAAUCCGGAAGGCCGUUUAUCAAGUGCAACGACGCUGGGGUGCGCAUCGCCGAGUCUCACUGUGACAAAACCCUCCGAGAAUGGUUCGAUGAAAACGGAGACUCCGUUGACGGGCUUGUCCAUGAUCACGUGCUUGGUCCUGAUCUUAGCUUCUCUCCUCUGGUUUUCAUCAAGUUCACUUGGUUCAAAUGUGGAGGACUAUCCGUGGGAUUGAGCUGGGCUCAUGUAGUUGGAGAUGCAUUUUCAGCUUUUAACUUCAUCACCAAGUGGAGUCAGACACUCGCUGGUCACGCGCCACCGAAAUCUCUUCACAAGCCAAACCUCUGUGAACCUCAAUUUCCACCGAAUUCCGUUUCUGUUAAUCCCGUUUCCGUUAAAAAAGCCAGAAUUGUUGGGGAAUACUGGCUCGCUGCUAAUGAUAGUGACGUGGCCACUCACUCUUUCCACGUCACUUCCAAACAACUUCACCAUUUGGUAACAGAGACCAAAACCUCGUAUUUUGAGAUUCUUUCAGCUUUGGUAUGGAAAUGUAUUUCACACAUCAGGGAAGACUUUGGACCAAAGGUUGUGACAAUUUGUACAAGUAGCUCUAAUCGUGCAGAAAAUGAAUUCCCCACCAAUGGUUUGGUGUUAAGCAAAGUUGAAGCAGAUUUGACAGCUGGGGAAUCUGAUAUAUCGGAAUUAGCAAAACUGAUUGCUGAGAAAAAGAUGGUUGAGAAUGAGAACCAUGUCAUGGAAAAGCUGGCGGAAGAAGAUGAAGGGAAAGGGGAUUUUAUAGUUUAUGGAUCAAACUUGACAUUUGUUGAUUUGGAAGCUGCUGAUUUUUAUGGGGUAAAGCUGAAUGGAAAGAAACCAAUUAUGGCGAAUUGUACCUUCCGUGGGGUGGGUGAUCAAGGGGUUGUUUUGGUUCUUCCAGCGCCGAGAGACAAUGAAGAUGGUGGUAAUGGAAGGAUUAUAACUGUUUCUCUGCCUGAGAAAGAACUAGACCAGCUGAAAGACAAGCUGGAUGGAGAAUGGGGUAUACACUGUUUGCAUCCUUGAUUUUGAAUUCCCAUAGCACAAAGAGGUCAAAUUGUGUGGAUUGUUUUUCAUCUUUUGCCUAUACCUGUUUGAUAUAUCUGCAGGCAAUUAAAUAAGGGUUAGUUAUCCAGUUAUUGUAAUAUGGUGAUGAUUUAUAAUUGUCUUUUAUAAGAGUUAUGUCGUAGAAAAAAUGAUUGUGUUAUGUCAUAGAAAUUCGUUUUGUGUGCCGAAGUUUUUUUUUUUUGCUGCGGGUCCAAUAAAAUAUUGUGUGUGUAGGAAACUUUUGUGGUCAUGUUAAAUAAUAGAUGAUAAACCCUUUAGAAUUCAGUAAAAAAAGAACAGUUAGAAAGUUUCAAUUGUGUAAAGCUUCGAAAUAUCACUGUAUA